AGAGGUGCGGUGUUAUAAGAGGCGAAAGUCCAGAAAGAUGAUGCGCUUAGCGGCGUUCGUCAAUAGAACGUGUCUGUCGUUUUUGCUGGUGUUCCUGAUGUACUUCGUCGGGAUGGAUCUGCUGCUCUACUUCAGAGUGCAGGACUACGACGUGCGUCCGCGCAGCAACGGCACGCACGCGUAUUAUUCGCCGAUCUCCUGUGACCUGAAUCCGAUUUGCACGGUGACGGUGAAGGCCAUGACGCUGGACCACCCGAACCAUUAUAUUCUAAGCCCGCUCGCGUCCCUGGUGGAUUAUUUGCUGGAUAUCAGCAAUUCCUGGACCUGGCUGACGCCGAACUCCAUCAGCGUUUCUCACGUGAUGGUGGCCGUGAUUGGCGCCCGGUACGUCACGCGGAGUUCCCUUUUUCACAGACGAGUGGGCGUCGUUCUGUUUCAAGUCAGGGCCUGGCUGGACAAUCUGGACGGCCACGUGGCCAGGACGAGGUUGAACGUCAAGGGUGAGAGAUCGGACGUCGGCUCGGUCGGUUACCUCGUGGACGGCCUUUGCGACGGCCUCGGCUGCAUCGCGCUCACAGUCGCGGUGUUUUUCUUCCUGAGACGCAACAAUGUCAAUCGCCGCGCCGGCUACGAGCGACUUCCCGUACGAACAUUAUCGUCACUGUCCUCGUCGCCGUCCUCGUCGACGACGUUGUCGUUGCCAUCGUACAGCGCCGUUCUCUCUACCUCCAUGCCUUGGAAAUCACCUCUGUAUAGCAUGUUGAUGGUGGGCCUCCAUCUUUCCUUGACGAGCAUCGCUUGGAACCGGUAUAUAUUCGUGUAUCAGGAUCUCCUGGAGUCCGACAGGACGGAUGCCUCUUCGACGAUCGACCGGCAGGAUCUCUACGAUAGGCAGACCGUCGUUUUCAGAAGUCCCUCCUUCUGGGCCGUCGCUCUCGCAUGGAAGAUCUUCAACUUCCACGCGAUGAUGGAUUAUAUGCUUCUCGCGAUAUUCUUGGAUCGUAUUUGGGAAUACGUUAGGCUCGCGUGGUGGCAGCUACCCGCCUUUUUAUUGCCGCUUAUUUUUGUCAGCGAGCUUCACUACAUCAAUGCCUACACUUACGUGGAAGUAUCGUCGGCGAAUGAGAGCUUACGGUCCUCGUACGCGUUUCCUGAUUCAUAACAGAUUGUUUCUUGUUAACGCGCCUUUACACGAUUCCAAUAGUGGAUGUUCGAUCCACUGAAGAGCUUAUUUCUUCAACUCGUCUCGAAUAUCUACUUCAUUUAUUAAGAAGAUCUAUUAAGAAAGAUUAUAUUAGUAACGGUAUUAUUAUUAUUA